AUGUCUAACGCUCCGUCGACUUUUCUCGGGCGUCGCUUCUGGUCUUGCGCCUGCGGAUCGGCGCAGACUUUGGGUUUGCGAGGGCCGACCAUCACAACAGCAACGACGAGAAACACCUGUUUGAAAGCCAGUCAACCUGCAGUCAACCCUUCUCUCCCUAGGCCGAAUACUUUCAGAAGGUCAACACACUCCGCGUCGCAACACUCGUUUCCUCGGCCGAAUAUCCAUAAUGCGCGACGAAGCUAUACAGGCAGCGGAUUGCUGCUGGUUGGGUUUACCACGGAACUCGCGCCCACACAAGCAUCCGCAGCUUGCGCAGUCGCUGCAGAAUCCGCCACAAGCACUGGCCUAACGACGAAGUCAAAUGUCUUCCAACUGGCCCGGCAAGCAUGGAGACGAGGCAUACACACCGAUUCGAGGAGCGCUAUUAGCCUGGCCGACAGGAGACAUCAUAGCUCCAAGAGUGGAAAGCAUGAGGACAAAGCCUCGACGGCCCAGACGAAACAAGAUCCGCCCCAGGCUGGAGGACAGGUAAAGCCAGACGCACCAGAGCACGACGCCGAGUCGAUCGCAUCCACCGUGUCGAAAUAUUUGCACAUUCCAAAGAUGCCGCACAGGCCCACCAGGGAAGAGCUAUUGGCUGCGGCGAAUGGCUUCCUGGGUCGAAUGAAGGUUCGAUUUAAGUGGGCGUCCAUCAGGAGCAUGAGGCCGUGGAAUAUCGAUGAAUGGGGCGCGUUUGUGUCGUGGUUCCUGUUUGGCCACCUAGUCUGGAUUCUGGUUGGUACCACCACCUUCUUCUCGCUGAUCAUUCUCAGCAUCAACACCGUUGUCGCGCAAGAAACUCUUGCCAAGUGGGUAGGUGACUCUCUGACUGAGUCCGCCGGCGUAACGGUAGUCUUCGAAUCAGCUAUUGUUCCCAAGUGGAGAGAUGGCGUGAUCAGCUUCAAGAAUGUUUUUGUAUCGCGGCGACCUGGACAAGUCAAGUCUUCGGUUAGCAAGGGAUCUUCAGAGAGCGCCGCGGCUAUGGCUGCGACUGGAAACCAGCCCGACCAGGACAGCCAAGCUUUGGAAGAGGACGAUGGCAACUACACACAAUAUGACGUGUCGAUCGCGACGGUCAACGUGACACUGUCAUUCUUGAAAUGGUGGAAUGGCAAGGGUUUCCUGAAAGAUGUCGAGGUCAAGGGCGUUCGUGGUGUCGUUGAUCGCACGUCUGUGCAGUGGUCAGACGAGGUGGUUGACCCUCUAUCCUACCGCCACACCCACGAACCCGGCGACUUUGAGAUCGACUCUUUCAAACUUGAGGAUCUUCUCGUUACCGUUCACCAGCCCAAGGGCUUCCGACCCUUCUCCGUCAGCAUCUUCUCAUGUGAACUGCCGCAGCUCAGGAAGCAGUGGCUCUUUUACGAUUUCCUAUCGGCAACCCACAUGUCAGGAUCAUUCGACGGCUCCUUGUUCACGAUUCACCCCCGUCAAGUACAUGGCACCGUUGCUAGCGAGAACGGAGACAUGGCAGAGGACGUGGGCGAGCCGGCGGCCUGGAAGAAGUUCAGCCGUCUUCGCAUCGACGGUCUCAAAAUUGACCACCUCAACCGGGGUGUGGAGGGCCCGUUCGGCUGGAUCUAUGAGGGCAACGUUGACAUUGUCGCAGAUGUCAUGUUCCCCGCGGACCUUGACGAUGGUAUUACCAAGGUCAUGUCAGACUUUUAUGACCAGCUUGAGGAUGUAGUCAUAUCCAACCGCAUGCGUCUGCUCCAGAAGGAUCUACUCGACAUCAAAAUCGUAGGCUCUUCGGCCUCAGAUCUCUGGGGCCCUACACCUACCCAAGGCCAUCUUUCCCAGGCUGCACCAGAGCUCACGGAAGAGGAUGCCCCAACGUCCGCAGACCCCGAGUCUUCCAAUCCCCCCAUCUCCUCCGACUCAUCGGAGGAAGACCGGAGAUAUCUAAUAAUGGAUCUCCGAAUCCACCUGAACGAUGUCAAGGCCGCUGUGCCCCUUUUCACAAAAGACAUCUCUUACAUCAACCAGGCGCUCGUUCGCCCUAUCGUGGCCUACAUUAACGCCAAGAAGACAUAUAUCCCCAUCAACUGUCGCAUAGUCAAGCGUGCCACCGAUUUCGACGGCAGUUGGUCCAUCUUUGACUGCGGUCUCAUGGAUGACAUGUCGGCCGAGACCUACGAGGCUUUUGCACGCGAUAUUGAGGACCAGCAGAGCCGCGUCCGUCGGCUGAAAAAGGUCGGCUUUUGGACUCUCAGUCUUGCCGUCCACGCCCUCUUUAUGGGAAUGGCCGGCAAUGUCAUUUAA